AAAAAUAUGCGUCAGUCGUCUAUGAGUAUUGGCUUGGUAUAGCUCAAUUUGCAAUGGCUUACCUCGGCACGAGGUUGGUUAGCAUAAGUCAAAAGCCGGCUGUUUGCAUCACUAGUCGUAACUAG